UAAAGAGUUUAGUAAUUAAAAGAGCGCCGUACAAGACAUCACUUCCUGGUUAAUGUGGGAAAUAUCCUAAAUCCGAGUUGUCGGUAACGUAGCAUAAGCCAAUAAGCAAACAAGGGAUUGGGUUUCUGGUUUAACACAAGCUCGUUUUGUUGCUUAGUAACGUGCCGCUCAAAGUUUCGCGUUAUGCCUUCUGUAAAAAGGGGCGGUGUUUGAGACCUUAUUUAAUUCAUCAUAUCUCACUAAAUAUCUCGCAGUACAUUUUGAGACCAAGGAAAAGACUAAGAACAAUCUCUAUAAUGAUGUCUUCUCACGGUGAGAUGUCACUUAACAAAAUUGGACCUGCAGCAAAUGAAGAGACUGAUACAAAUAACAUUAACCAGUCAGAUGCAGAUCAUCCCAGCAGCUCUGGGUUUUGUGGACACUUUCUUUCUUUCUUUUCAUUCCUUCUUAUUCUUCUUACAUUUCCGGUCUCCGUGUGGGGUUGUAUGAAGAUUGUCCAGGAAUAUGAAAGAGCUGUUAUUUUUCGUUUGGGACGACUCCUUGGAGGUGCUAAAGGACCUGGUUUGUUCUGGAUUAAUCCAUGUGUGGAUACAUUCCGAAAGGUUGAUCUGAGGACAGUGUCUUUUGACAUUCCACCUCAAGAAGUGCUGACCAAAGACUCAGUGACUAUCUUGGUGGAUGCUGUGGUCUACUACAGAAUCUUUAAUCCCACUGUUUCAAUAACUAAAGUAGAGAAUGCAAAUCAGGCCACACAGAUGCUGGCACAGACCACUUUACGAAACAUGCUGGGUACUAAGAGCCUGGCAGACAUCUUAAAAGACCGUGAGGAGAUGUCAGAACAGAUGGAGGCUGUGCUUUAUGCUGCAUCCAAGAAUUGGGGUAUUAAAGUGGAAAGGGUAGAGCUUAAGGAUGUCAAACUGCCCCCAUCUCUGCAGAGAGCAAUGGCAGCUGAAGCAGAGGCUACCAGAGAGGCACGGGCCAAGGUGAUAGCAGCAGAGGGAGAAAUGAAUGCCUCACGUGCUCUGAAGGAGGCGGCAAAUGUGAUGUCAGAGUCUCCAUCAGCCCUCCAGCUACGCUAUAUGCAGACACUGACGGAGAUCGCUUCAGAAAAAAACUCGACUGUGGUCUUCCCUGUUCCUGUGGAUCUCAUCUCUCAUUUCAUGAGGAGGUGACCUCAUACCUAUAGACUGACUUAAUUAUAAUUAAUACAAGGGAACACACUGAUGAAAAAUCGUAUAAAAUCGUUGUUAGCCGCUUUGGAUAAAAGUGUAUAAAUGUUAUUUUUACUACUGUUAAAAUUAUUUAACACAAAAUGUAAAUGCUAUGAAAAUGUAAACUAACAUAUGUAAAUUCAAUAUAUUUAAUUACAAAUAAUAUUUGUGUAGGUCAGUAAACAAAUAGGUAAUUUUAAAUCUUCAUAAGUACUUUGCCUUAAACAUCUCAAUGUCUACCUCUGAUCUGAUUUUGCUUGGAUAAGUUUUUAUAUUGUCAGAGUAAUCCUGUUAUGAAUGUAUCAAAAUAAAACAGAAGUAUAUUA